AUGGGGGUGUUGAAGAGAGUGCUGGUUUUUGGAGGGGUGAUAAUGAUGGUUAUGGUGAUGAAUGUGGCUUCACAUGAUUAUGGGGAUGCAUUGACUAAAAGCAUUUUGUUCUUCGAAGGGCAGAGGUCAGGGAAGUUACCUCCUACACAGAGAAUGACUUGGAGGAAGGAUUCUGGUCUUCGUGAUGGCUUUCAGAUUGGUGUUGAUUUGGUUGGUGGAUACUAUGAUGCCGGUGACAACGUUAAAUUCAACUUUCCAAUGGCUUUUUCGACAACAAUGCUGGCAUGGAGUGUGUUAGAAUUUGGCAUGUUCAUGGGUCCAGACCUGCCACAUGCAUUAGAAGCUGUUCAGUGGGCCACUGAUUACUUCCUUAAAGCCACAAGCAUCCCUGGUUUUGUAUUUGUUCAGGUUGGUGAUCCUUACGCUGAUCAUAAUUGCUGGGAGAGGCCUGAAGACAUGGACACACCUAGAACACCUUAUGCAGUUAGUAGACAGUUUCCAGGCUCAGAGGUGUCAGCUGAGAUAGCAGCUGCACUUGCAGCGUCUUCCAUGGUGUUUAGGCCUAGCGAUCCUGCGUAUUCUGCCAGGCUUCUCGAGAGAGCUAGAAUGGUAUUUGAAUUUGCAGACACUAACCGUGGUUCGUACAACGAUAGUCUUGGACCCUGGGUGUGCCCUUUCUACUGUGAUUUCAGUGGCUACGAGGAUGAAUUGAUAUGGGGGGCAGCAUGGCUAUACAUGGCGACCAAAGAGCCUUAUUACUGGGAUUAUGUUGCACAAAACAUAAGCGAUUUGGAGAAAAAUGUUGCGAAACAUACCGAUGCUGUCUCCUAUCACGGUGGUAGCUUCGCUGAAUUCGGAUGGGAUACUAAGCAUGCGGGGAUUAACAUACUUGUUUCAGAGGUGCUGCUGUCGAACAACACUCCUGAUUUAGGUCCAUUCAUUCCCAAUGCAGACAAGUUUGUUUGCACUGUGUUGCCUGAAUCACCUACCGUCUCAGUCUCAUACUCUCCAGGUGGACUUAUGUUCAAACCAGGAGGAAGUAACUUGCAACAUGCCACAGCUUUAUCCUUUCUUCUUCUUGCUUACGCUCGCUACUUGAAUCAAUCCAAUAGAGAAAUUCACUGCGGUAAUGUUGUUGCCACUCCUGCUAGGCUUAUUCAAUUCGCAAGAGGGCAGGUGGAUUAUAUACUGGGAACUAAUCCAAUGAACAUGUCAUACAUGGUUGGAUAUGGGGAAAAAUUCCCUCGGAAGAUACACCACCGUGGCUCGUCUCUGCCUUCUGUUGAUCAACACCCUGCCAUCAUCAAUUGUCAAGGAGGAACUCCAUACUUUCAAAGCAAUGAUCCUAAUCCUAACCUGCUAAUAGGAGCUGUAGUUGGAGGACCCGAUAAUGGGGAUUCCUACGCUGAUUCUAGAGCAGAUUUUGUACACUCAGAGCCAACCACGUACAUUAAUGCACCUCUCGUUGGCCUCUUGGCUUACUUCAGAUCACAUCCGUCCUUGUAG